CUGUGCUCCGCCGCUGUCCCGACCUGCGCCACCGCCAUGGACACACGCGCCGUCCCCGCGCUGCUGCUGCUCUUGUGGCUGCGCACCGCUGCCGUGCGCGCGGACGGAUUCUUGCUGAUGCCCGUGGAACUGGCUCCCGUUCCCUGCAACGACAAGGCGGUGGAGAAACUGUCUCGUCUGGCCAUCACCUACAUCAACGAGGAUCGCACCGAAGGCUACAAGUUUGCGCUCAACCGCGUGACAAACGUCCACCUGCACGCUCAGGGUCCAGCAGGCAAUGUGUAUUACCUGGACCUGGAUGUCCUGGAGACAAAGUGUCACACAGGCAGCCCAAAACCCUGGAAACGAUGUGACGUCAGACCAUUCAUGGAAACCCAAGUUUCUGGCAACUGCAACACCACCAUUCUGCACACACCGGAGGGCUACUCCUACCUGUACAGCUACGACUGCGCUCUAGUGCCAGAUCCCCCAGAAAAGCUCCAACAAACCUGCCCAACCUGCCCCACCCUUCUUUCUGUUGAUGACCCCGAGGCCAUGACAGCCGCUCAGGUCACGCUGGCUUCCUUUAAAAGGCAGUCCACUCUGGCUGCAGGACUCGGCAUUAAAAAGAUCACCAGAGCUGCAGUACAGACCAAGCCAUUUAAGGCCCACUUUGUGGAGUAUACGGUCCAACAGUGUCCAGAGGGUAUUACGCAUAGAGGAACAUGCCAUCGACUCACACUCAAAUCUGACACAGAGACUGCAGGUUUCUGCACAGGGUCGGUGCAUGGACAAAUGGACAUCGCUGAUGCUCAGGUGUCCUGUGAGAUGUUUAAAAUACAGAAUGUGGACGUGAUCCGACCUGUACUGCCACAGGGUCACGACUUCCCUUUCCCCCAAGAUCCUGAUAUUCCAACUUUCCCGCCUCAGACUGACAACAAGGGGAGUGAUGCACAGCCAGUGCCCUCGGACCCCACACUGCCCCCUGUCGUUCAGCCAACACCAUUCGACCCCACUCCUAUUGACCCUGUGCCCCUUGACCCUGCUGUUGUGGAUAACCCAUCUGUCUUUCUCUCCUCUUCCUCAAGUGAAUCUGAAGAAAGUCUAGUAAACCAGCAGCAGCAGCCACCCACUGCUGGAUUUGUGGACUCCUCCUCUGAGGAAAUUGCAGGCCUCGUGGCUCUGCGACCUCCUUUCGGCUUCCGCUACCAGAGGCGCGACCGCAAGAAACGUCAGGCUUUGGUGGAGACCUCACCCUCCUACUACCCAGUCUUUCUGUCGGACUUCCCCAGUGGUCCCUCCCCCUUCAGAUCUUGUCCUGGACCAGCUCGAUACACCACAGUUUAGCUGGGGUUUCUCAUUUAUUGAUUAAUUGUAUAACCAGAAAGAAAGAGCAUUAUGAACUAAUAUACCUGUCAAAAGCUUCAGUAUGUAUUUAAAAAUGCCUUCAAAUAUUUUAAAGAAUUUAAUAAAUCAUGCUGUCUGUUACUGAAUUGAGGUGCAGGACAUAUACUGACAGCUUAUUUGUCCUGUUUCGGUUAUCUUCCUGUAGAAAUGUGGUAUCUAUUGGCACAUCACUGAGUCCUGAUUUGGACCCAUCAAAAACAAACAUUGGAAACUGCAAGCAACACUAACAGCAAAUACUAACAAUAAACAUAUUAUGACAUGAAAGAGAUUUUCGUUACUAGAAAAGGUGUUUUUAUUCUAAAUGAAUGAUAUAACACAUAAUUUAACUCUGCAUUUCAAUAAGUUUAAAUACAUUAUUAUCAAUUAUACGGUUUUCAGAGAAGAGUCAACA